AUGUAGACCCAGUUUCCGUUUCCGGGUCGUUUUCCGACUCCCAAAUGUUCCGCAACAUCAACAUUUAGAACUUGACCAGUAAACACACUAAAGCGAGAGGGACAGCUGGCAGUACAAGAUGUCUGCUCAGAAGCGGCCGUGUGAUCCCAGCAGCUCUGCCAGUGCUCCCCCUGAGAAAAGGAGAGACAGAGAUGCAGGAGACUCAGGCGAGGGACUUAGCACAGGGGCAAGCAACGCCGUGGAGACAGUCAUCAAACUGGGGGGCGUCUCCAACUCGGAGGAACAGGACAUUAAAGCACUGCAGGUGAAAAACAGAAAGUUGGGAGAGGCCUUGGACCAAAGACAGGUGAUUGAAGAUGAAUUGAGAGAGCGAGUAGAAAGGCUUGAGACUCGCCAGGCUACCGAUGAUGCAAGCCUACUUAUCCUCAAUAGAUACUGGAAUCAGUUUGACGAUAAUAUGAGGUUGAUCGCUCGCCGCUGUGACCAGUCAGGAAGCCAGACAGUGGAUAGUCAGCCUGGUGAGGGGCGGAGCCUAAAGCCCGGGACACCGGAGCCAGAUGGAGAUUCUAAUCAAGAGAGAGCAAAAGACAGAGGUCCGCAGGGAGAGGGAGCGAGCUCGUUUCUUGCCAUGUUGGCAAGUAGUAGCACUGAGGAAAUGGAGGCGGAGCUACAGCAGAGGGUGGAGUCCAGCCGGAAACUGGCCAGUUGUGCAGUAGAGAUUUGUGAAAGCGUGAAAGGCACUGUAGAACAACUCAAGAAGGACCUGGAUUCUGACACUGAUGGUAACCUUUUGGAAAUCGCUGCUCGCCUCAACACCUUUCUGGCCAGCGAGAAUGAACGUCUUCGUCAGCUGACAGAUGAUCUCAAACAAAAACAUAGUCACAUGACCAGUGAGUCUCGUUCCCUGGCACGUGCCGCUAGUCGUGCUGAUACCAGAAUAAGCGAACUGCAGGUGUCAAUAGAGGAGCUGCAGUGGGACACGGAGAAGAUCCGCCGCAGGGAAAACCGUCUUAACACACACCUAGGGGAGGUGCUGGAAAGGCUAAAUAGUAAAGGCUAUAAAGUUUGUGGCGAGGCCAGCAGUGUGUGUGGGACCAUCACAAUCAACAAGAGAAAGUUUGAAGAAAUGAACAGUGAGUUGGAGGAGAACAGGGAGUUAGCGGAGAACCGGCUUAGUGAGCUGCAGAAACUGCAGCAGGACCUGCAGACAGUUGUCCAGGACAACAACAACAUGAAGAUUGAGCUCAUGUGCAGGGCAGAGGGAAUGGUCAGAGAGACUGCAGAGUACCGGUGUCUGCAGUCCCAGUUCUCUGUGCUUUAUAAUGAAUCUCUGGUACUGAAAGCCCAACUAGAUGAGACCAGAGCUCGUCUGAACACAACUAGAUCUGCCCGCCUUCGCCAACUUGACCACAUGGAGAAUGACGAGGUGUCUCUGCAGCGUAAAGUUCGUACUGAAGUGAUUCAGCUGGAGGAUACACUGGCUCAGGUUCGUAAGGAAUACGAGAUGCUGAGGAUUGAGUUUGAGCAAACGCUCGCUGCCAACGAACAAGCAGGCCCAAUAAACCGCGAAAUGCGUCACCUUAUCAGCACAUUGCAGACGCAUAACCAGCAGAUGAAAGCAGAGGUGGUCAAAUUCAAAAUCAGGUUGAGGGAGGCCCAGCAAGAGCUUAACCAGCUGCGUGCUACAAAGGGAAACCCUGCCAUCCAAUCACAAUCAAGCACUGACAUGGACAUAAAAGAAGAACCCACUUCUGUUUUAACGUCAGGCGCAUCCGAUGUCUCUGUAAAAGCGGGAUCGGAUAAUGAUUCGGCCACGCCCACUACCACAGGAGUGUCGGUUAAGACCGAGCCUGGAGCUGACCCUGAAAGCACAAUAAAAGAAGAAGAGAAGGAGAAAGACAAGGAAAAGGAGGAGAAGAAAGAAAAAGAUCAGAAAGAGAGAGAGAGGCUAACUCGUGUGGCAGUGAAAGAGGAGAAGGAGAAACCAGGCACUAGUAACAGUCAAUCAGACGACGCACAGGCUGAUCGCUGCGCUGUGAUCGGAGGGCCAAAGAGAAAGGAAGUGGAGCAACUGAAAAUCGUCAGGGUGGAGCUUAAGAAAGCUCAAGAGUCUCAGAGAGAAAUGAAGCUCUUGCUGGACAUGUAUCGCUCUGCUCCGAAAGAACAGAGGGACAAAGUGCAACUGAUGGCUGCAGAGAAAAAGUCCAAAGCUGAGGCGGAGGAACUACGUCAACGUCUGCGGGAUCUAGAGGAGAGAGAGAGAAAGGAAGGAAAGAAGAUGGCUGACGAGGAAGCUCUGAGAAAGAUCCGCUUGGUGGAGGAGCAGAUCGACAUCCUCAACAAGAAACUCUCUCUGGCCAAGCAGGAGGAGGACGCCUUACUGAUCGAGAUGGACGUCACGGGACAGGCCUUCGAGGACAUGCAGGAACAGAACAUACGCUUGAUGCAGCAGCUCCGCGAGAAGGACGAUGCCAACUUCAAACUCAUGAGCGAGCGCAUUAAAUCCAAUCAGAUCCACAAGCUUCUGAAAGAAGAAAAAGAAGAGCUGGCAGACCAACUGCUCACACUAAAGACACAGGUGGAUGCUCAGUUGCAGGUCGUGAGAAAGCUGGAGGAGAAAGAGCGCCUUCUGCAGGGCACCAUAAGCGCUGCGGAGAGAGAGCUUUCUCUGCGAACACAAGCCCUGGACAUGAACAAACGCAAGGCCCAAGACUCCGCGUCGCUUUCAGAGGACUUACGGGGUCAGCUGGAAACGGUGCAGCAGAGACUGAAAGAAGUCCGUGAGGAGGUGAUCGAGAACAGCAUCUCCAGAGAGAAAGAGUCCUUUAAUGCUCGCCGCGCACAGGAGGACAUUUCCAAACUGCGCAGGAAGAUCGAGAAAGCCAAGAAACCUGCUGAAAGCAUGCGCAAUGGUGAUGAGAUACUUAAUGAGGAAAUUAAUGAAUACAAGGCCCGUUUGACGUGUCCGUGCUGCAACUCCCGUGUAAAGGAUGCCGUGCUGACGAAGUGCUUCCACGUCUUCUGCUUCGAGUGUGUAAAGACGCGUUACGAUACACGCCAGAGGAAGUGCCCAAAGUGCAACGCCGCUUUUGGGGCCAACGAUUUCCACCGUAUCUACAUCGGAUAGGCCUGGUCUACUGAUCGGUCACUCGAUUAUCCAGCUGAUCGAGGCGAUCAUUAGAUGUAGAUGGAUCUGCUGUGAAGCGUGCUCUCCAGCCACGAUCAGCUGUAACUCUACAUUCCAUCACGCUUGCUUGGUUACCAACCGACUACAAAGUUUAGGUUUGAAGGAACGAACCUGACAUGAUAUCUCGGCUCUGUCACGUCUGAUCAGUCUCAGGCCUUUAACUGCUGCUUGUAUUCUGGCAUGUUCAAUCUGGUGGCCCUUGCUCUUGCUCUCCAUUCCACCUCAACCGGUUUUGUUCCGGAUCAAUGUGAUAUCAUUAGUGAUAAGCUAGAGACUUCCUCUGACAAAGAACUGCCUGCCAGGCUUCUAGUUGUUGAUCUUCGGUCAUCUGGACUGAUUGGUGGUGUUGUUUGUUUUUUUUUUUUUUUGUAUUAUUUUUUUUAUUAUUAUUAUUAUAAUAUUUCAAAAACUGCCUAGCUAUGUGGGUUGAUUAUUUGCAAUUCAUUAAAUUGCUGUCCAACUGUG